AUGGAAUUCCAACCUAAAGUUGCUCCCGCUGGGAAGAAAUCCGCAGCCAAAAAACCACCCAAGCAACCCAAAAACGACUACAACGCUGCCAAGAAGGCAUUGAACAAACGCAACAAUCCAUCCCCUUAUCUCCCGGUGUCAUGUUCUUCGGCGUCUUCAUCUCCGUCGCCGUCGCCUGCCGUCAUGAACCACAGUCAAAACAGCAACAGCAGUUCGCUCAGCGGAACACCUACUCCAGUGCCCCAGCAGCCCCCGCAGCAACAGCCAAAUUCAGCCUCUACACCGGCACCAUAUCCGGGACAUCCACCGGUGUCCAGUGGAAGUGCCGCAGGCUAUUACGAUCAGUAUUCCCAGCAGCAACCGAUGCAUCAAUCACCAACAGAUGCUUCGCCAGCCCUACCAGCUGGACCCAACCUGUACGAUGGACACGGCUCUCCGAUGAAUCCGCAACAGCAGCAGCCGUAUGGAGGCGCAGCAGUGCCAGCGUCAACGGUCUACAGUGAAAUGGUUUAGAGCAGCCAAGGUAGAAGUUUACUGUACUAUUGGAUAGAAAAAUAUUAAAUUGAAAAUCUGAGAUAGAAGAGAGACAGAAGAAAAAAGUGGAGGUUGAGAUUAUAAAAGAGAAAAAGAGAUUGAUAAAAGGAGAAAUCAGAUAUUGAUAGAUAGAAGAAGGACAUAGGAUUUGUAAGGCAAUACUCAACAAUUAUUUUGUAGUUUUAUACAUACUGUAUCUAACAAUGACUAAAACACUAAUAAGACAAAGGUAUAAAAGACCUUUAUGUUGAAACAUAACAGACAGACAGCCGACAACAACACAAUGACAAUAACAGAUCUAAAAUAUAGAAGACAAGUAGUGUUUUACAUUAAUUAUACAACUCACAAUAAUAGAAAUGACUAUCCAACGAGUAGUACAUAUUUUUAAUGAUGUUAUUCAUAUAAAUCAAUGCUUCAUAAUCGUAAAAUUCAUUCAUUUAGCUAGGAAAUAGACGCAAUGAAGCAUUACCAUACCAUUGAUAACUGAAUCUUGGACCAGACUUUAAAGACUUGAAUUUUGAAGAGCGGAAUAGAACAUGACCAUUUGACUACUAAAAUUUAUGAUAUCAGACAGUACUGUAAAGGAUAUGACGCCAUAAUCUUGAUCAACCGCCAAAAUAAUGGAAGCUCUCAGAUUAAUAUGUCGAUUUAUUGCAAUAGUACUUAAAUUAAUUUAUUGUAUAUUUACGAU